ACUCGCUAGUCAGAAUGGGGUUCGAUUUGGACGACUUGUUCCCUUAUCUUGAGGCAAUUUCCACUGUUGCUGCCGGUAUGUUUGCCGGAGGUGCGGUGUACAUCAAUGUUGUUGAACAUCCCGCCCGAAUGACCGUGGAAAAUACCAAAUCUUGUCACAAAGAGUGGAUGGAAAGUUUCGAUCGAGCGAAGGUUUUCCAGAGUCGCUUGGCAUUAGUCUCUAUAAUUUCUGGUGCCGGUGCAUACUACUGUAAUCCAAGAAAGGGUCUCCCCUUCCUUGUCGGUGGAGGUGUGAUUGCAACGAUCUUUCCAUAUACGAUGUUCGUUCUGAAACCAAACUCCAUUGAUCCCAUUUACGAUAAAGAAGUGACGACCAAGAAGAGUGAAAGCGUCGUAAGGGAGACCAUAGACAAGUGGAACAGCUAUCACAUGGUCAGAAGCAUGAUUACCUUUCCAAUUUUUGUAGGAUACGUCUUGUACCUUGCCAGUGGCCAUAAAAAGUUCUGGUGAAUCGAAGAUGAGAACAAAUUGUGACAGUCACAUGACAUCGUAGAUAUGUUAUAGAGUACAGUAAUCAGUGUUAUUAGAUUAGAAGUGUAUAGAACUUUUUUCACCCAUGUAACCUGCGAACAUAUCAUUUUACUGAAACCAAAGGAGGAUUUUCCUUAACUUUUCAAAAUUCUCUACAGGGAAUUUAUCUACCUUGAUAAGCUUUUAACAUACAGCCUGCGGAGCAGGUGCAAUUUUGGUGAGCUGGGGUUCAGUAUUUUCCUUGUGGAAAGUAUAGCCACCAUCUUUGAUUUUUACAGCAGUGGAAAUCAGGGGAGAGAAAGGAAUUUUUACUGGAGGGGUGAGCAAUGGCAAAAGGAAGGAGAGGAGAAGGAGUAGGGAAAUGGAAAUUAUUUUUUGCAUUUCCCUGCCCCCUCCCCCCCUCCCCACCCUGUCUAACAAUAAAUCAAACUUUGCCAGGUGAGUCAACAAUUGUGAGCUUGUAAAGAUCACUUGCCCCAAUGAGACACCUAGAAUGCAAACAAAGCUUUCAAUUGACAAUAAAACUUGUGUCUGAUAUCACAAAGGACUGAUUCAUAUUGGCCUACAAUCAGAAAUUCUUUCUUUUUGUUGUGUGAAAGGUGUGCUCUUGGAGACCAAAGGCAUAUGAGAUAGUUUAACAAGUUGAAUUGUAAAAUGUGGGAAAAGUGAAUUUCUAUUCAUUUUCCUUUGUGGUGACUGAAAGAAAAACGGUCUUCAUGUAUACUUUAGUUGCAACAUGUAAGCAAGGUUGGGAAUUAAAGGUUGUAGGGAUUA